CGCAGCAGCAGCAGCAACAGGGCUACCAGAACACCGCCUUCCAAAACGCCCCGCCCUACCAGCCCGCCCAGCAGCCCCACGCCCCCGUCCCGGCCCACUCCAAGGAACAGCCCGGGAAUGCCACCAAAUACUGCGCCCAGUGCGGCGCCGGCGUCACCACACCCUUCUGCCCCAACUGUGGCAUCCAGGUGUAAGGGGCAGGGGACUCGGCGGUGUUGUGAGAAGGGUCGUCUUUUAUUAGGAUUAGAAUGGGGGGUGGGAAUGGGCGAGAUGAGACGCGACCAGGACGCGGCGGUGUGAGCGGGUUUGGCUUCAUUUUUCUUGGUCUGUUUUGAACUAAGAUGGGAAUGCAAUUACAUGCGUCUGCUUCAAUGGAUACCUCAGUUUGGUCGGUUGGUUGGGGCGCUUGGGGUCACAUAAUAAAUGUCGUUUUUCUACUCGCGCUUGGCGAACGAUCACUGCUUUCUUUCGCCUUGUCUUGUGCUGCUUCGAUGCAUUUUGCUAGUGAUGUCUGUUUGUCGGUCCAUUGCCUAUCUGGUUGUCCCACGCACCGUUGGGCAGCUUUUGGUUUGGCCAAGACGCUAUCUUCCCCAGGUUCUUCAACCUUGCGGCAGCGGGUUGACUUGGUGGAAUCCAUCGUUGAUCAGUGGGUUUGGUGGAUCUGUUUGCUCGUCUGCAAGAAGAAAAAGAAAGCCCCCCAAUUUCCUUCUGCACUUUCGUCUCAGUCUGAAACGUACCAUGCGACGACCGAUGUAAGUGGAGCGAGCAAAAAAGCUUUGACUGCCCAUUUUGGUGCUCGGAGCAAAGAAAACGACAAAAAACAUACAACACUGAGGAUUCGCUGGUCGUCACCGACCCAACUACUGGUUCAGCCCUUACUUGUUUGACUAGGGGAGAGCGGACGGGAUCCCGUAUUUUCAAGUAGGUAUGGUCGUAUGUGAUAG